AUGGCAGUGCCGCCUUCACCAUCGCGUUCGUCGCUCGAGUACGAUCCACCACAUGGCCAGAAUGGGGUUGGUAUUGACGCCCACGCCCACGCCGACGCGGCAAGCUCGGAGGUGCACCCACAAAGCGACGACCCGAUAUCCGCAAUUAAACUCGAACAACGUCAACACGACGACGGCCCCUUCCGACCACCUUUGUCUACGUCUGACUCGCUCUUCGACACCAUGACGCCCGCCGACGUCGACAUCAAACCGCUAGAACCCAAGUUCGAACCGGAGAGCGCGACGGUCAAGUUUGAAGAUGAAGGGGAGGAGGAGAAGCCCAUUGCGACGCCUACGCCUACGGAGAGUAAGAGCGCUACGCCGGCGCCGAAGGCUGGUCCACAGCUCAUCGGCCACCUGCCGCGCGCGGAGAACGAUGCGUUGAGCACGUUCGAGCAAAUUAGGGAUAAUUGGUACCAGUACAAUACGCUCGGGCGCUCGCGAGAGGCGCUGGAGGGUAUGAACUGUGAUUGUAUAUACGAACCAGGCGUGGACGACCCUAGCGUGGCGUGCGGAGAUGGCUCGGACUGUAUUAAUAGGCUCACGCAAGUCGAGUGCAUACCGGAGGACUGCAGGUGUAGAAAGCACUGUCAGAAUCAACGGUUUCAGCGAAAGCAAUAUGCGAAUAUUGAGAUCGUCAAGACGGAGUUGAAGGGCUUUGGACUGCGUGCAGGGCAGGUCAUACCGAAAGACGCCUUCAUCUACGAAUACGUCGGCGACGUCGUCUCCACACCUUCCUUUUCCAAACGCAUGCGCCAGUACGCCAACGAAGGCAUCAAGCACUUCUACUUCAUGAUGCUUCAGAAAGACGAAUUCAUCGACGCAACCAAGCGGGGCGGGAUCGGGCGCUUCGCGAACCAUUCCUGCGCGCCUAAUUGUUAUGUCGCCAAGUGGACUGUAGGCGAGCGCGUGAGGAUGGGUAUCUUUGCCAAGCGCAGGAUACAGAAGGAUGAGGAGCUCACGUUCAACUAUAAUGUUGACCGGUACGGGCAUGAGGCGCAAACUUGCUACUGUGGGGAGCCGAAUUGCGUCGGCUUUAUCGGAGGCAAGACGCAGACUGAUGUCGCGGGCAUGGACGACCUCUACCUCGACGCACUUGGUCUCACCGAGGAGGUCGAACGACUCGGGCUCAAGGGUAACAAGAAGAAGAAGGGCAAGAAACUCGACGAGGACUGGUCGCCAGACCUCAAGGCUCUGACAUCGAAAGAGUGUCCCAAGAUCGUCCAGGCUAUCCGACAGACGCAAAGCAAGAAGGUCAUGCUGCGUCUACUGGGCCGCAUUCAGAUGAGCGACGACUUGGCCGUCUUCCGCGAGCUCAUGCGGUUACGCGGGUUCUCGCUCAUGACGAACCUCAUGAACGACUACAAGGAGGACGACGAGGUGCUCCUGCUGGCGUUGCAAUGUAUGGCGAAGUGGCCACUCCUGUCGCGCAACAAGAUCGACGACUCGAAGAUCAGCGAGCCGGUCGAGAACUGCACGCAGUCGGAGAACGAGCGGUUGAAGAACACUGCACAGGCUUUGUUGGACGCAUGGGCUCUCCUCGAGGCGGCAUAUCGUAUACCGAAGCGACAGAGCUCUGCGGCCGACGCAGCUCUCGACGCAUAUGCACCGGCCAACCUGUUCGGAAGCACAUUUGACGAACGACCCGCGAAGAAGGCCAAGCGCGACCCCAGCGAAGAUGAUGUCCCAUUGCUGAACAUCAAGCCCCUUGGAUUCUCCGGCGCUGCAUCUGGCAAAGCCACAGCCUCAUCUGUCGUUUCUACACCUCCGCCGCCUACCGAACCGCUCGUCAAGCGCCCCAGUCGCGCGGAGGCAGCAAAUGUCAUCGCGGCGGCGAUUGCAGCGCAGAAAGCGGAGGAGGAGCGCAAGGAGAAGGAGAGGGUGGAGGCGUUGGCCAAGGCGGAGGAGAAGGCUGCAAGGCGGAAGGAGAGAAAGGAGAAGGAGAAGGAAAGGAGGGAGAAGAAGGAGAAGAGCAGGAAGGCGGCGAAGGAGAAGGGCAAGGCGAAAGCGAAGGAUAAGGAGGGCGUGGAUGCGCGUGAGAAGAAGCUGUUGAAGCUUGUCGGGGCGCAGGUUGUGAAGGUCAUGAGCAAGUACAAGGAUCGCAUGCCGGUUGAGACGUUCAAGAAGCAUGCUAAAGAGCUCACGCAUCUCAUCGCGGAGAAGGAGAAGAAGAGCGCGAGUUACAAGGAGAACAGGCUCGACUCUCUGAGCGACGAGAAGGUGGCGAAGAUCAAGAAGUUCGCCAAGGAGUACAUACACAAGGUUGUGCACCGACUCGAGAAGAACAAGCGCGCGUCAUCUUCAAACACACCUUCCGCAUCUGGCUCUGCGUCUACGCUCGCUGGGACCACCUCUGCGCAAUCACUACCAGAGGCAGCUGCCGCUGCUUCUCCUAGCGAUGGGAAGGAGAAGGGAGAGGAGGAGAUGGCGAUGACGGUUGAGGAGGCGAUGGGUAUGUCGGAGGACGAGGCGGAGGCGGAGGAUGAUGACGAGGAUGAGGAUGGCAAUGCAGACGCCGACGCUGAUGGGGACGCAGACUCUGACGAAGAGAUGCACGAUGCGCCGGGCGAGAAGAAUAUCGAUACCCCAAAUGAGCCUGCUGAACCUGCUACGCCUGAUGCGCUGACUGCGGUAUGGACGAGCGACCAGGGCGUCAAGGGCCACGACGCAAUAGCCGUCGUCGACCAGGGCGAGCCCAUGGUCCUGCAGUAG